AUGUCGUCGCUUCCCUCACACUCCUUACCACACCACCCCCACCGCCCCCAGUGCUCACACUCGGACCCCCACACCACCGCUAGUAUCCCCCCAGUCCCACCGGCGAAACGAUCCCUGUCGAUCCGCACGCGCACCCAGCCCCACCCGCACCCCCGCGGUCCGUAUCCUUAUACUUAUCAUAUGCACGUCCCCGACGUCUACGUGCACCCUCCGGAGGAAGAGCAAUGCGACACGCCCACCUGGUGCUACUUCAACUCCGCUGACCCUCAUGCUCCCGACUCCACUGACACUUCAGAGGAGUCCGACGCCGCACUAGUGGGCGUUGGUGCGUCGCAGUCGAAUGAUUCGGUGGACUUGGCCUUGGCGGAGCUGCAGUAUAAACUCGAGACGGAGCAGGCUUAUUAUCCGUCUGCGCAGGAUGCGCCUGUGUUCCAUAGGGAUGUUAUAGAGCAUGAGGAGAUCGUGAUGCCGAGGAGGAGCUCGGUGUAUUAUCAGACGAGACCGGAGUUUGGGCUUGAGAUGCUUGCGGAGACUUCGUUUGAGUAUAGGGCGGACGAGGAGGAGCAGGAGGCGAGGAGGGAGGAGGGAGGAGAGGAGAGGAGGGAGGCAGAGAGGAGGGAGAGGAGUAGGGCAAGGGAGGAGGAUGUGGAUAUUGCGGAGGUGGUGAAAGUGAGGAGGAGGGACGUCGUUGAGCCGAGCCCGGAGGAGGAGGCGCAGACUGUGAUGAAGAGGAGUAAGACGCUCAAGGGGCGCGCGACGCUUGCUUUGCGGACGAUCAAGAACGCAGGGAAGAGAACGCGCAAGACGUCGAUGAAGGAGAACGCGAAGAGUCCAGAGGUUCAGCAGGUGGUCAAGGAGACUACAGCAGGCGAAGUAGAAGACGAGCAGACGCCGAAGCUUUCACGACGGAAGUCCCGUCCCAUCUCUUUGUUCUUCCCCUUCUCCAACAGCGAGCCCUCCGUGCCCCAGCCUUCGUCCGUCGAGCCUACUCACCUCCCAGCCUCAUAUUCCUCAAAUCCUCCACCGCGCCCGCCGCGUUCUCCGAUACGCCGCACUGUCUCCCACGCAGCCACGCUGCAAACCGCAUCUACUCUCACCUCCCCGCCUUCCGAGAGCGAUUCUUCCUCUCGAGGGAACUCCCCCUAUCUUCUCGACGGUGUACAAUCCGCCCCUCGUCGCAGAUUCUCCUUCGCGAACCUCCAAAGCCUCUUCACUUCCUCCACCAGUCCCUCCUCCAGCGUCACCGAUCUGGCAGGACCCACGGACGGUUCGCUGCCGUCUAGUGCCGAGCCAGAGACGCCCACGGACGAUGGGUUCAUUAUUCCGAACAUUUAUACCAAGCCGGCGCCUAUGAUCGAGAGCUUGGAUAGUGCGGACAUUCAGGAGGCGAGGCGGAUUUCGUCGCAGAGUAGGCCGUCGAUGCAGUCUAUGCUGUCGAUGGGCAGUAUGGGAUCUGGACGCCUGCCCAUAGCGUCGAUGAUGGAGCGUAAGGAGAGUUAUAGUCGAGAGCCAGAGCCAGAGGCGGCUGUGAAUGUGGAUGUGCAUGCGAACACGGCGGAUGAAGGCUUUGAGCCGGAGAUGAGGCUCGACUCGUUGCAUUUUGAGUCGUUAAGAUUCGAUCCUGAGACGUUCGACGUCGAUGCGUACUUGCGUUCCGAUGCAUGAGCAGCGUUCUCCUCUCAUACCGGGGGAACCCAGUGUUCGUUCUUUUUCUCCACCCUUUUCCACUUUGGCUGGCUUCGUGUCACCUCUUCUGACUGUUAGUUGGCCUUUUCUAUGACUCAUACCCCUAUGCAUACACGCCACGAUCCAUACCCUCCGUCCAUCUCGAAUCAUUCUGGGACUCUGAGUCUACCUGUCUGUAAAUAUCUCCGUACCGCCUCGCAGAGCUCUCUCUCUCUCGCUCGCCUCGAUGACUCUAUCUAUCUCUUCGGGUUUUCGGGCCUUCCUCACCCACCUUCCACAGCCAGCUUGUCACUUGUUCCAAGUCGCCCUAGGCAGCUAUGUGACUACAUGUACAUAACUUAUAGCCUUUUAGCCACCCGUAUGUGCCUACCAUCCUUUCCUUCCUUUCCUUUCACAGCCCUUUCCACCCGUCCAAGCCUCCGUGUCAUGCUUCGUCUCUGAAUCAUGCCCGUUCACGUACAGUGUUUCCGGUUUCUGAAUCCGCCUUAGGUG